UAUGCAUGAAUUCACAAUCCAGCCUAGGGUGCUGCUAUUGUGAUGUCAGCGGCCGCAUCCCGGCGUUGUCAAGGCAAAGUUGCUGUGCCGAGGCCCGGAAGGGCUCAGUGUGCAGAGCAGCUCUGUGGCACGCUCACUGAAGGCGAACCUGCUGAUCGACGAGGUCUCUGCCAGCAGGACUCGGAAUAUUUUUGUUUUUUCCCACAGGCGUUGUCUGGUGCAGACUUGAGCAGCGCUGCUCAAGCCAUGGAGGGAGUAUGUGCUGCAGUUUGCACGGCUUUUUCCGUGGCUUAUUCUGGGUACUUUCUCACCCACCUGGCACGUCACAUCACCCGUGCCUGGAGAAAAUCUGGUCUUUGGAGCCCAACACCAACCUCGGAGGAUCCUCUGGCUGCGUGUCUUCGUGCAGAAGAGGCCAGAGGGGAGGAAGAUGCUCCCCAAACUGCGCCUGCUGCCACUGCAGGGCCUGAGCAUCCAGCAUCAAGCACAAGGGCAGCGUCAGCACCUGCUCUGGCAGCCUCUGUACCUGAGGAAGAGGCUGAAGAGGAUGAAGGUGCCGAUGAACCUGGCCCUGCUGUCAGCCCAUGGCCGGAGCAAACAACACCAAGCUCCACCUCCUCUGUCCUGGCACCUGCACGAGCUGCAGCUGAAGGCUCGGGAGAAGGCUCCAGUGCCCAGGCUGGAAGCUCAAGCACGAGCAGCUCGUGCACCUGGAGCACGACCAGCUCGUCUGGCAGCAGAGAGCAGCAGCGAGAGAGGACAGAGGACAAGUGCCUGGCCAUGCUGAAGAUGCUGGUGAGCGAGGGAGAUCCUGAGGCUAAAUACACAGAAGUGGAAACUAUUGGCAAAGGGGGUUUCGGCACUGUGUGCAUGGCAGUGGAGACUGCCACAGGAGAAGAGGUGGCCAUCAAGAAAAUUAGUCUCCUGCAAGAGAGCAGCAGCGAGCUGUGCCUGAAUGAAAUCCAGGUCAUGCGUGGCAGUAAGAAUGCCAACCUUGUGAACUAUGUAGACAGCUACCUGGUGGACGAGGAACUCUGGCUGGUGAUGGAAUACAUGGACGGAGGUUCUUUACAUGAUGUCAUCAGGGAGACUCACAUGGCAGAAGGAGAGAUAGCAGCUGUCUCUCGGGAGUGCCUGCAAGGCCUGGAUUUCCUGCACUCCAAGCAAGUGAUCCACCGCGAUAUCAAAAGCCACAACAUCCUCCUGGGCUUGGAUGGAUCAGUCAAGUUGGCUGAUUUUGGCCUUGCUGCUCAGCUGACCACCGAGCAGAACAAACGGAGAUCAGCUGUUGGGACUACUUACUGGAUGGCGCCAGAAAUUUUCACCAGGAAGCCCUACGGCCCCAAAGUGGACAUCUGGUCCUUUGGCAUCGUGGGGAUCGAGAUGGUGGACGGAGCGCCUCCGUACCUGAUGAAAACCUCCCGCACGGUUCAACAGCUGAUAAGCACCGGGGCCCCCCCGAAGCUGCAGAAGCCCAGGCAGCAGUCGGCGUGGCUGCGAGACUUUCUGCACUGCUGCCUGGAGAGGGACGAGGACAGGCGCUGGUCUGCCCAGGAACUUCUGCAGCAUCCAUUUGUAACAUCAGCCAAGCCAGCCUCCUCCCUGACGCCUCUGAUCAUGGCCACGCAGGAGUUCAUGGCCGACAGGAGAUACUAGCCCUGGAGGAGGCCUUUGUUGUUGUUUGUUGUUUGAAGUUUGUAGUUUGUAGUUUAUAGCUCGUAGUUUGUAGUUUGUUAUGAGUGAUAGUCAGAAUAAAUACUGUAAUAAAUAAAUAAAC